AUGACUGUUACUGAAAGAGAUGAAGGACCCACCCAUGCCAUAGGGUCAGAAACAGAGCUUAAUGUUCCUAAUGUAAGCUCACAGUCAUCAGAGCAUAUUGAGCAACCUUAUGAGAGUAUCACAAUCGAGGAAUCAGAGAGGAUCCCAAAUGACAACCCUCAAGGAGAGCAUGUGUACAGUAUGAACGACGUAGUAAGUGACUCGUCACGGAUCCCAGCAUGGUGGCACGAGGCAAUUACUGGAAAAGGGCAGCAAUUUGAAAGUGCAAAAGAAGUUAGAAUGGCUCUUAUAUACUACUCUAUAGCUAAGAAGUUCGCUUUCAAAUAUGUUAACAAUGAGCCAAAACGUAUUCGUGCUAGUUGCAUGUUUAGAGAAGAAACAAACUGCCCGUGGUUGUUUUUCGCUUCACCAUUGAGCCAUGUGUCGACAUUUGCUAUAAAGAAAUUUGUUCCUCAACAUACAUGUGGACAACAUAACAGCACAGCUGGUCACUUCAGAGCAUCAAGAAGGUGGAUUGCGAGUAUGCUACAAUCAAUUAUGAAGAGGCGUCCAUAUAUAACCCCAACUGACAUUAGAAAGGAAUUGCACUCUCAAUAUGGAUUAAGAGUUAAUUAUUCUAAAGCUUGGCGUGCUAAAGAGACAGCAAAAGAUGAAAUAUUUGGUUGCGCAAGGCAUUCAUAUGAUUUACUAUCCUGGUACCAGAUGAAGGUGACGGAAACAAAUCCAGGCAGUGUCUUCAGCAUUGAACAAGAAGAAAGGAGAUUCAAACGUUUAUUUGUGUCGUAUGGUGCAUGCAUACAGGGGUUUCUCAAGGGAUGUAGGCCGUUGCUCUUUCUAGAUGGGACUUUUCUGAAGGAUCGUUACAAAGGGAUCUUAUUAGGUGCGACCGCUUAUGAUGGUAAUCAAGGCAUAUUUCCACUCGCAUUUUCCGUUUGUGACCAAGAAAAUGAAGCGAAUUGGAGUUGGUUUAUUCAAGGAUUGCGGUAUAUAUUGUACAAUCGAACAGAACCAUACAAUCCACCCCAUCCCCUUGUAAUUCUGUCAGACGCCGACAAAGGAAUAAAGCAAUCUUUGAAAAAUAUAUUUCCAGAUGCGUACCACUCUAGGUGUGUACUUCAUCUUGUUGAGAAUUAUAAAUUGAAGCUUAGAGAGAUGGGUUUUGCCUCAAGUGCUGCUCAACGUAUUUCAAAAUUAUUGGAGUUUGCUGCAUACAAGUACACGGAAGGAGAAUUUAAUGCUGUUUUGCGUCAGAUUCGAAUGACAGAUCAAAGAGCUUACCAAGUAGCUCUAAGUUAUGGUCCUAGUAAUUGGGCCAAUUCUGUAUUUCCUGGUAUAAGAUAUGGGCAUAUCACUUCCAAUGUCGCUGAAUCUUUCAACAGUUGGAUUCGUGUGGCGCGAACACUUCCCAUUUGCGAUAUGAUGGAUCACAUUCGUGUGCAAAUUAUGGAAAGGAUGAAUACUCGUCGCGAGAUGGCAACAAAAUGGAAUAGCUAUUUUUGUCCUGAAGCGGAAAAAAUCCUCCAAGAAAAUGUCACCAAGGGAAGCACUCUUGAAGUAUCGCAUUCUACAGCUGAAAUCUUCGAGUUCUGCGAUUGGUUCAUGACGACUGAAGCUUUCAGGAGAAGUUACGAACCAAUCCUCUUUCCUGUUCCAAAUUACGAUAAGCCAGAUGUCACAGAUGAAACAAUUAGCGUGUCGUGCAUGGGAUAUAUUGCGAAUACCAUGAGAAGUUACGAACCAAUCCUCUUUCCUGUUCCAAAUUACGAUAAGCCAGAUGUCACAGAUGAAACAAUUAGCAUUCUUCCCCCAAAGACAACAAAGAGACGUGGAAGGAACAAGAAUAGGCGUAUCAACAACAGAUCUGAGAGUAGACGUGCAAUUAGAUGCUCAAGAUGUCACGCUGAAGGACAUAACCGAGCCACGUGCACUGAACCUAUCGAAGAUUAA